AUGCGGUUUCCUCCCCCCUCGGCUUCUGCUUUCGCAGCAGUAGCAGCUUCCCCCGAAUCCCUCCUUCUCUUGGACCCUGCCACGUCACAGGUCCUUGCAGCCAGCUCAGCAGCUGCUGCAGCGCUGGGAAUGACACGUGGCGAGUUGGAAGGAGUGCGGUUCGUAACUCUGCUGCAUGGUGUGAAGGAAGACGCAUGGGUGCAAGCGCUGGGAGCUGCAGUGCUGACUAAAAGCCUUGCAGACUCGGUCAGAAAUGCUCUUGGCGACGGUAAUGCAACACAAUUCAGCAGCAGUGGGGCCGGUAGUGCUGGCGCUGCUAGCAGCAGUGGCGAUGGUAACGGUGGCGCUGCCGGCUUUAUUACUCUCAGGUUUCGCCUGGCUCAUAGCAGCCGCCAGGGAGCUCUGGUGGGGGAGAGAGUGCGCCUGGAUAUCUGCCUGCCUCCCAGGCCCGCACUGCCAUCCUGCACACCUGCUGCUGCUGCUGCCCCUGCUGCCGCUGGUGCUGCUGCUGCUGCUGCUGCUGCUGCUGCUGCUGCUGCUGCGCCUGCUGCUGCUGCUGAUUCUAGUCCUCCCAGUCCGUCUUCCUCCUCUGGCACUUGUGCCAGUGCAGCACCUGCUCCUGCUGCUCCUGCUGCUCGACAUGCUGCUCAACGGCCCGCUCCCCCUGUGGCGUCGUGCUCUUCUCUCCAUUCCCCUUGUGCGGCGCUGCUUUCAGCCCCUCUCCUCGCAUCCUUGCAUCCUGCUGCUGCUGGCGCGUCGUCUGCUGUGCUGUGCUCUCUGAGUCUGGCUGCAUUUGAGAGAGCUAUGGAGGAUUGUGCGGGGGCGAAUGGUGGGGUGAACAGUGAAGCUAGCGGUGGUGGAGUGGAAGGGAGUGGGGGCUGCAGGGGACCGAACAGGGUUGGUGUAGCAGCAAGGGAGGGAGAGGGGAUGGGUGGAAUGUGCCGGCGACAGCAUGAACAGUACUCGGAGGAGAACGGGCAGCUUGACGGGCAGGCAGGUGGAUCUCUCCCCUCGAUUCAUUCAUGA